CUCGUAGGCUGGCUCGUUAUUAUAGUCGUACAUACAUAUUUUUAGAAUAAUUUCACGAUUUCGUCUUGCUCGGUUUCGGUCGGUGAAUAAAAGUGUGUUCAUUUUUAAACUUUUUACACUAGUAUUUAUACAAUUCAUUUAUUAAUUUUUAUGUUUAUAUUGUCAUUGUAAUAAUAGCUAUUCUAGUAUAUUUAUAAUAAUAUUGUACAUAUAAAAAGUAAAGGGUGAACGAACGAUAACGAUUGUGCGUGUAACAUAACUAAGCAUGGAGUUUUAGAUUUAUCCGAAUAACAGAUUCCAACCAUUCAAGUGAUAAUGAAAAUUAAAUAAAAAUCGAGUCUAACAGCGAAUAAAAAAAAAAAAUACAAUGAAAUUAUCAAGCAUAAUAAGAAUAAAUAUAGAAUCAAUGAAUAUGAUAUUGAUCUAUCGUGAAACUCGGUGAUUUCUUGACGGAAGACACUGAAGUUUUUAGAAACCAUCUAAGUAAUCGGAGAAAUGCCAACGUAAACACUUAAGGAAAUAUCGUUAAUGUAAGUGCAUGUAUGCGUGUAUAUAUGCACGCGUGUGUGCGUGACAACGAGGAGGAGGGUGAUGGAUGACAUACGAGGUUCUUCGGCAGGUCGCCGACUUUCGCAGAUCUUCGAUCCAAUCGCCCGACUCGCCUCCGAUUUCGGUUCUAGUUCUUCAGCUCCUUGCAGUCCACGUUUGGGUUUAAACAAUAGAACUUAUGAAAAUGCCAGUGUUUUUGAGGCUAAUAAGUCUCGAGGAAAUAAUACAACACCAGAUAACCUUACCCACGAAAAUACACGAUUAUUAUCAAGACAACGAAGUGGUAGUACAACCCGUCAAGUAUCUAUAUUACCGUCUAAUAGAUCCCAGCAAUUAAAUGAUUCACCUGUACAUUCUAGAAGCUUGACGUCAACUUAUGUCAAUGUACCAUGUGAUAAUUCACACCAUGGACGUAGAGAUAAAUCCUUUACUGAUAAUAAUAAAAGUAAUAUUGGGUAUAUUGAGCUCAGAUCUAAAGACAAUAAGUCUCAUUAUCACGGUGUAAUGCCACCGCCUUUUAGCUUCAGCUCUGAAUCAAGUGGCUGCGUGGAAUAUGCUGAUAAAAGAAAUUUAUACGAAAAUAAAUCGGAUAAUUUUAGCACGUAUGAUAAUUUUGAAAAUGAUUCAUCGUCAGAUGCAUCUUCACCUUUAUUUGAAAAUAUCGGUGGCGAGGGUGGUGGUUCCUCAUUGAGUUCAAAUGUCGACAGGAUAUUGUCGGCAUUUGGUGGUAGUAAACAACAGCAAUUUCGUAGAGCAUCAAUUGAUCGUGAUGUUACCUUCAAUUCAUCAAUGUCACCGGCAACCUCUGCUAGUGACGAACCGAGAGAACGAUUUGAUGGUAGAAAUACUGCUUACUCGUCUUCGAAAAGUUUUGAUGCUGGUUUUUCUGCUACCGUAGAAAAUCUCAAUUGGCAAGAGAGAUGUUUAGAGUUACAGAUUGAACUUCAUCGAAGCAGAAGUCAAGCAACCAGAGUACGUGAUAUGCUACGGCAAAAGCUUUCGGAACUUGAACAACGAGUUCUUGACGCAGAAGGAAGAGCGGAUGAAGCUGAAGACAAAGUACGGAUGAUGGAGGAACGGUUAGUAAAGGGUGAAUACAGCCUGAGCACAUCUGGAGUAGGUUCCCCAGCACACUCAUUGGCAUCUACCUCGGGUACACAGAAUGAUAAGAUUGAAGAAGUUCAUUGUGCUUGCAUUUCUAAACUAGAAACACAAGUUGAAGAACAGAGACAAUUACGACUUCAAGACGCAAAACAAGUUGAAGCAAAAGCUGCCCGAAUAAAGGAGUGGGUUACUAAUAAAUUACGAGAGUUAGAACAACAAAAUCAACAUUUGCGUGAGCAAAACAACAAGUGUAAUCAGCAACUUGAACUUUUACGAAACCACAUAACCAACAUUGGCCUAAGACCUCUGGUGCCUGCUACAAGAGCUUCUUUAUCUUUAGAAGUUGAUCAAUCUUUACGUAGACGUUCUGAAAGUUUAGAAACAACACCCCAAGUAAUUUCUGAAAACGUUAAUCAAACAACUACCGGGGACUUCCCACAAAUUGGAAUUCGCCAUAGGCGACACCUGUCCGCUUGUGGAACUAUUCAUCAAGGAAUUACAUCGUCAAAUAUGGAUUCAAGCCUAUUAUCUGAGGAGCUUGCGGCAGCUGUGGAAAAUUUAGUGAUGCUGCCGACUAUUCCAGGCGUUUCAGAGACUAAUCGUGACAGUGGUAAUUCAGAAGCUAUACAUGAUUACGCCGAGAUUUAUACUCCUAGUCGUGAAGAUAUUAAUUGGGCUAACCAAUCCGGUAAAACGUCUGCUCCUCGACCACCGACUCCUCCUUUGCACAGAUUUCCUAGUUGGGAGGCUAAAAUAUAUCAGGUUGCCGAUGGCGGACUUGGUAUUGGACCUUCGACAAAUGAAGAUACAUCGGGUGUUCCUUCUUCUACAUCCAACACCACUUCGUCAAAACAUUCUCAUACUGCGGGUCAUAACUUAACCACCCAUAAUUCUCAAGGGUACUGUGAUAUAUCUGUACCAGUUUACGCUACAGUUAAAGGUCGUGCAAGUCAAAUAAGAUCCAUGCCAUUUGGCGAUAGCUCUGAUGACAGUUCUGAUGGUGAAGAACAUGCAAAUCCCACCGAGACCAAUACAAGAAUAACCAAUAGUUCAUCAGAUAACACUGACUCGUCACUUGGUAGUGGCAGCAGUCCGUCGAAAAGUAUUAAAACUACCAGCAGUCUCAGUCCAGCUAAACGAAGCUCAAGUGGUUCACCGAGUAAAAGCGUUAAAAGAGACAUAUCGUUAGAAUCUGGUUUAUCUGAGGAUUAUGCAAUUCCUCCUGAUGCUUUAAGUUCUACCUCAAUUGAAUCUAGUAUGCCGAGUUUAUUAAUGCGUGUAGCUGGUGAAAGUCCAAAAAAAUUAGAAUCUUUGGAAAAAGCUGGUCAUCUUGCUAAGCUUGGUGGCAAAUUAAAAACGUGGAGGAAAAGAUGGUUUGUGUUGAAAAAUGGUACUCUAAUGUAUUGGAAGAGUCAAAAUGAUGUUAAUAGGAAACCUCAAGGCCAAGUAAUAUUGGAUGAUGUGUGCAGAAUAAAUAGAGCUGAAGGUGCUGCAACUUUUGAAAUAUCAACAGGCAAGAAAACAUAUUAUUUAACUGCGGAUUGCAUUGCAACCAUGGAAGACUGGAUAAGAGUUUUACAAAAUGUUCAAAGGCGAAACGCAACAAAAUUAUUACUCAGUAGAGAAGACAAUAAGCCUACGAUUCAGGGAUGGCUGACUAAAGUCAAAAAUGGUCAUGCUAAAAAAUGUUGGUGUGUGCUGAUUGGAAAAAUGUUCCUUUAUUUCAAAUGUCCUAGUGAUACGAAUCCUAUUGGUCAAAUAAACAUGCGAGAUGCUCGUGUUGAAGAAGUAGAGCACGUUUCAGACAGUGAUAGUGAAGAAAGAGACGCCGAGUGUCCGCAUGAAAGAACAAUUGGAAUUUUUCCGACUCAUCAAGGACCCACAUAUUUAUUAAUGCCUCACAAACAAGAUAAAGAUAAUUGGCUUUAUCAUUUAACGGUGGUUUCCGGUGGUGGACCAAAUGCUGGUACUCAGUAUGAACAAUUGGUUCAAAGAUUAAUGGAAACUGAUGGUGACUCCAGUUGUGUUCUUUGGCGACAUCCAUUGUUACUACAUACUAAAGAAAAUAUCACAAGUCCAUUAACAAGUCUUACUUCGGAAGCCUUACAAUCUGAAGCAAUUAAAUUAUUUAAAGCUUGCCAGCUAUUUAUGUCAGUGGCAGUAGAGCAAGCUGGAAUAGACUAUCAUGUGGUACUCGCGCAAAAUGCUCUACAACAAUGUUUAGAUCAACCUGAACUUCAGACUGAAUUUAUAUGUGCUUUAGUAAAACAGACAAGCCGUCAUACACACCAGCGCUUGGGCGUACAGGUAAAAAAGGCCGCCAGACUUGUGUCGCUGAGUACUGCGCGUGUUCAACUCCUUCUGUGCGCCACGCAAUCGCUCUUCACUUGCGAUACGCAAAGCCCCGCGGCAAACGGCGGCGGUGAAAAUGCGGAUGCGCAGUCGACGGCUUCAACUUCUCACAGUCCUCCGCUCACGCAGGGUCAUUCAACAUCAACUAUUUUGGACUGCAAAACAAAUCCUGCUCAGUACGUGCUGGUUCAAGGAUGGCAAUUACUCGCGCUUGCUGUUUCACUCUUCUUACCAAGGAACAAUCGUCUACUCUGGUAUUUAAAACUUCACCUGCAAAGAAAUGCGGAUUCUAAAACGGAGUGCGGCAAAUAUGCAGCAUACUGCGAACGUGCACUGGAAAGAACUCUUCAGAAUGGAGGAAGAGAAGUCAAACCUUCUCGGAUGGAAGUUUUAUCGAUCUUAUUGAAAAAUCCGUAUCAUCAUUCUUUACCUCAUGCUAUUCCAGUUCACUUUCUCAAUGGAACUUAUCAAGUUGUGAGUUUCGACGGAAGUACGACGAUUGAAGAAUUUUUGCACACACUCAAUCAAGAAAUUGGUUGUCGGGAUGCACAUCAGUCUGGCUUUACCUUAUUCAGUGAUGAUCCUAUUGAAAAAGAUCUGGAACAUUUCAUUGAUCUUCAAGCUAAGCUUUGCGAUAUCAUUUCUAAAUGGGAAACAGCACUACGAGAAAAGGGUUCUGGUAAAUUUGAAAAUACUCGAGUUAUACAACUCACGUAUAAGUCAAGGUGUUAUUGGCGAUCAGCAGCAAAAAUGGAAACUGAUCGAGAACGUUUAUUGCUCUGUUAUCAAGUUAAUCAACAAGUAGUACAAGGAAAGUUUCCAUUAAAUCGAGAUUUGGCUUUUGAGCUUGCUUCACUUAUGGCACAAAUUGAUUUUGGAGAAUAUAAUAAUGAUAAAAUACGAGGAAGUGGACCUGCUAAUAAUCCAAGUCAUUUGAUACUACAAGCGUUGGAUAAAUUUUUCCCAAUACGAUAUCGAUCAAAUAUUUCAACAGAUCAACUGAGAGAAUUACAAGAAAAAUUACAAGAAAAAUGGGUAGGAUUACGAGGCCGCAGUGUUAUUGACUGUGUGAGAAUUUACCUUACUUGCACUCGAAAAUGGCCAUUCUUCGGUGCAACUUUAUACCAAGCAAAACUCAAGCAAGCAGAACCCAUUACUUUAUGGAUUACAGUUUCAGAGGAUAGCGUUACGUUACUAGAAUUACAAUCAAUGGCGGUUAUGUAUCGUUAUAAUUACGCUAACAUAAUAACAUUUGGUGGAUGCUUGGACGAUUUUAUGCUCGUUGCAUGCCCUGAUGAAGGUGUAGCAGAACAAAAAUUAAUAUUUAUUCUCAGUAAACCGAAGAUUUUGGAAAUAACUCUAUUAAUUGCUGAUUAUAUGAAUGCUCUGGGACAUACAUUACCUGGUACUCCUCAAAUGAAUACGUUAACAAGAAAUGGAUCUCAUAGAUCAAUUAAAUCUACGAUGAGACAUACUACUGGUUCAAGCUGUCUUCCGACUCAACCUGAUAUUCUAAAAUCAACACCAGAUCAUCAAAGACCUUGAGAUGUACACUGCGAAAAAUAUUUAUACAAAUUUAAGAAGUUAAGGUAAAACUAAAAAUAAUUAUAUUAAUAAGAUGAAAUCGUGUAAAGUUUACCACUUAUACUCAUAGGCAUUAAAGUAAAUAAAUGAAUACGAUUGAAUGCACUGCCUAAAAAUA